AUGGUCUAUAGUGACCAGAGCGACCACACCCCCACGGGUUCCGCGGCAUACUUGACCGACCAAGCUGCAUAUGACAAGUUGCUGGCUGGGCAGUACGAACGCUACUGCUAUGAUCGCUGGCGUAGUGAACAGUUCGAGCUUCGGGUGCAGCAUGUUCUAGAGCACUUUGCCCGUAGACUGCCCUCUGAAUCCAGAGUCAAGGCCUGGAUUGAGAAGCAAGGGUGGUCUUCAAACAUUUCAGAUGCUGCAUCCAUCGUACAGCAGUGGAAGCCAUCUGGGGGCAUUGACGAUGUGAUGGACAGUGCUGUGCUACAGAAGUUUUGCAGGACGCAGAGGUGGAAGGGACUCUCAGUGGCAGAGAUAGAGGGGGAGGGUAGGGGAGUGGUAGUUACAAGGCCUUUUGCCUGGGGGGAAGUCGUGUGUGACUACCACGGUAAAGUGGUGUCUAGACAGGAGGGCUUAGUGACCCAUGCAGCAACAGCAGAGCAAGAGAGUGGGUACAUGUUCUUUUACAAUUCUGGACAGGUAGCCCGUUGUAUUGAUGCUCACGAGGAAGAGUGUCCGUGCCAUCCAGGAAUGUGCACAUUUGGCCGACUAAUUAACCAUUCCUCCAAGAAGGCAAAUUUACGACCACGGUUGUAUAGUGUAGAUGGCAAAGACGUAAUCCUCUUCAUUGCCAUACGCAAUAUUAAAGUUCAAGAGGAGCUCCUGUUUGAUUACGGCGUCAACAGGAAGUCUUUUGCUGGGGAGGGGUUAGAUUAAGUAUGGCUGUAGUCCCUGCAGCAAAAAUCUGAACUGUAAAUAAAUAUGUAGAUAGAACUGUAAAUAUUAGGGUUAGUUAGAAUAAUGCUAUUGUCUUCCAAAUGAAGGCCCUCUGACUCUAAGAUCCCCAGCAGGCUUAAGUUCUUCACUGUGGACACUGCAAACAAAACAAAUAUAUUCAAAGCUCUGUAUCUUCAUAGAACAAAUUGCAAAACGUCAAUAGACCGUUUUGUAGAGCAUGUCAAGAGCUAUCCAAGGACGUAAGGGUUUUGUCUGUAUCAUGUACACAGCCAGAAUUAUGGACCGGUAAACAUGGCUUUUCUAUAGCCGAAAAUAGUGCACCUCAGGCGGCCGCAUGACUGCUGUGACCCGCUGGACUGCUAAUACCUAGGGCCGAUUUUGAACACCCGUAACUCAAAGAAAACUAAAUCUAUCAACAUGGGAUUUUACCAGAGUACAGUCGAGGGCAUUCCCUGUCCAAUGAGGCUAAGCGUCCGGGUAUCACUUAUGUGUAGGGAGAGUAAUUUUUGUUUAAAAUGACCAAAAAAGUUAGAGAGGGUGGCAGACUUCCAGCAUAAAGGUAUCACUGUGACCGAUUUUGAACAGCAGUAACUCAAUGAAAACUGAACAUAUCCACAUGAAAUUCAAGAUACUUGUAGCGUGAGAAAUGCCCUUUCUAAACAGCCCAUAAAUAUCCAUGUGUAUAACAGUCCCGCGGAGAACUGCACCCUCAAAUAUGGCGAGAUUCAAAACGUUCUAUCAUCGCGGGCAAAGGUCUAAUCGCAAAAUACAGAGCAGGUACUAGAGCAUGUCAAGGGCUAUCGAACGACAUGAGGGUUUUGUCUGUAUCUUGUACAGAGCCCGAGAUAUGGACCGGUAAACAUGGCUUUUCUGUAGCCGAAAAUAGUGCACUUCAGGUGGCCACAGUAUGCGACUUUUGCGCCACAUAUAAACAGAGCUAACGUGCCAAAAUGUUAACCAAUGUGUCUGAAACUUGGACUGAUUAUAGAAGCAUUCAAGUGCUUUCCAACAUCAUCCUGACUGCCUGUAACAGUUUGGUAGAAUCAGAGAUACAGAGCUGUAAAUAUCACCUGUCAUGUUACAUUUGAACAGCUGUAACUCUGUGAAAUCUUAAUAAAUUGUAUUAAUACCAAGAUAUGUUGUAGAGGACGUCAAGACCUAUCCAAUGCUACCCUCAUACCUUGUAAAAGUUUUCACAAAAUGUAGCACUACUGUAGUGUUCCCUGCAACCAAUAGGUUGGAAGUGAUGAUGCAAACGUGUUGAGGAUUGUGUAAAAUGUGGGCUUUUUGUGAAAACAGCAGCUUAAAGUAGAGAUAAGUAAGGGAAAAAAUAAUCGCCGAAAAGUAGUAGUAUGGACAUUCCUCUCUGCAACACAUCUGUUGCAAAAUGAAAAAAGGGUAUAAAAGUGAAAAAAAAAAACAACUUAGAUCAAAGCCUGAUAGCACAAAGACUCUAAAAUAGCAAGCCCUAUGCAUCUGUGCUGUGCAUUUGCUGUUAAAAGCAAGAAAAACCAAUGAGUUGCAGGGCCUGACCCCGACUUGAACUCUGAAAAACGAAAUUCGGUGACUAUACCUAACUUUUCGACGCGAAUCUAAUGAGCAUAAAAGUUUUGUAUGGAAUUUUUUUCGAGAGUCAAUCCGAAUUAUGCAACACGUGUUGCAUAACUCAUAAUUCAUAAAUGACGUGCGAACCCCAAUUUUGAUAAAAAAAAAAAACACACAGGGUUGAGCCUUAAGCGGUGACGUGCCCCCUCACUGUGUCUCACUGUUCUGGGGUACCCCCUCACUGUUUUGGGGUGUCACUCACUGUUACUCACUGGUUCUCACUGUACCACAAAAAAAUUAGUAAAAAUAGAACGCCUUCUCCGAUUUAACUCAAUCGGGUAUGUGUGCGUCCGUCCUGCCAUAAGAAGAACAACGGCAUUUUUAUCUUUUUUUUUUGAUCUGAGGCUUGACCUUGGUCAGAGUUUCAACUCAUGUAUGGCCGGAUUUUUCGGAAGAAUAUGUAAAUUUUAGCAGGGAAGGCAAGUUGCAAAUCCGUUCAAUUUAGGCUAGGCCUCAAGUCUGUGAUAUGAUUAAUCACCCAUAAUUUUUUUAGCUAGAUAGGAAAAGCUAAUCAUAAUUUAAUCAGUUUUAUCGCAAAAGUUUCGCCACUCGCGCCUGGCUUGAACAAGCGAGGGUAUAUGAUGAGGGUCAAAAAACUCACCAUGGGAAUCUACAUGGGAAAUAACACUUUGGGGUGAAGGAAGAACACUUCAGCUUAACAGUCAACCACUCCUCACUCAGUUUGAGUGAAAAAUUGACAUUUUAUGGCUAAAUAUGCAAAUUUUGUUGCUCGGCUCUCAUGCUACAAAACGCUUUGGGUACAUUUGACUGGAAAUUCCUCAGCCUGUGAGCAAUUCUCAGGGAUGUUUCUUACAUAUUCUUACAUGGAAAUAACUCAACUUAGUCUUUACAACAACACUAGAUUUGUGCAGAUAUCUUCAGGAAUAAAGAUUUUACAUGGGUUUGAAAAAUACCAGCUUCAGCUGAAUUUUUGUUUUUUAACCUGCCCAAAAUGGGCUGAUUUGGCCUUAAAAUUAUCAGCCUGUGAGCAUUUCCCAGGGAUAUUUGGAAAGAACUAAUCUUAAUCUUUACAACAACACUAGAUUUGUGCAGAUAUCUUCAGGAAUAAAGAUUUUACACAGGUUGCCAUUCUAACCAAUUUAGGUGGAAUCAAUUCUGAAUCGGGCUAACACUGGAGUUGCAGUUCCCAGCUUCUCAACCUAUAGCACCCAGAUAUCAACUUGGCAUUUUGACCUACAAUCUCUCAGCCUGUGAUUGUGUUACAGGAAUGAUUUAUAUAUUUGGAAAGUACUCACCCCCUGCUUUACAGCAAUACUUCAUAUGUGUAUAUGUAUUUAGGAUUAAAGAUUUUACAGGGGUUGCCAUUCUAACCAAUUUAGGCGGAAUCAAUUCUGAACCUGGCAAAAAAUGGCUAAUUUGACCUAAAUUAUCUAGUAUGGUACAGGAAUGAUUCUUACAUAUUGUGAAUGUAUUCAUCACAAGCUUUCCACAGAUACCAAAUAUGUGCAUAUAUCUGGGUGUUCCAGGUUGAGAAGCUGGGAACUGGAACUCCAGGGUUGCAGUUCCCAGCCUCUCAAUCUCAAUGUCUCCCAGCCUGUGAAUUGACUUAAUUAGCAUAUGACUUGUGCUCCCAGCUUGUAAAUGGGCACAUCAGGCCAGUUGAUAGGCCAUGCUAAUGAGGCCUGCCCCCAUGAGGCCUGUGAGGUGGCAGUGAGAGGCUGGGAGACAGCAACCAGUUCUCAACCUCAUGGAGUAUGGUACAGGAGUUAUUCUUACAUAUUUGGAAAGUACUCAUCACAAGCU